AUGACCAAAGCGUCAACUCGUUGGUUCUUGAUGGAAACUCCCCGAGAACCUCAUUUCUUCAAGCCUCUUCUUCCUGGUUUUCAAAGUGGCGUGACAAUACCACUUGAUUUCUACUCAAAACACAUACAAGGGGCUGAGAUCAAUAAACCAUGGAAGCUAAGAUCGGACGCUUCAGAUCAAAUUUGGGAGGUGAUCCGAGAAGGCAGGACACUCACCAAAGGUUGGAAAGAGUACACCGAAGCACAUGAUCUUCGAAUCGGUGACAUUGUCAUCUUCAAACACGAAGGAGACAUGGUCUUUCAUGUGACUCCUUUUGGUCCUAGCUGUUGUGAGAUUCAGUAUACACAUCCUCACAUCGUUAAGGAAGAAGCCGACGCGGAUGAUGCUCCUACUUUCUCAUACGACUACUGCUUCUUGGCUGAGUUUCUUCCUGUGGAAGCUAUGAGGUGUGGUGAUUUGAACCAACAAUGCAAAGAUGUCAAACUUGUCAACAAGGAGGGAAACUCAUGGACUGCACGCUUCGGAUUUAGCGAAUCAGACGGCGCAUAUUACAUCAGCAGAGGGUGGAGAAAGUUCUGUCAUGAUAACAGAUGCACCAACGGAGCUUUGUUGGUGUUCAACGUGGUUGGAGACGGGACGACAACUCCAUUACUGUGUGUAUGUCCGGAAAGGAAGGAGUGUACUGAUCUACUGAUCAACCACUUCAGCAGAAUCGAUGGUAGCAUUGCUUCUACCUCACGAAAUUAG